GGUGGCAACAGAAACUGCCACUGAUUUGUAAAAGGCAGUUGCCACACCAUGGCUUUGGUGUGUGACGCUUUGAAUUUAAUAAAUUAGUGACGCCAAUACAUAAAUUAUGAAUUUAUUAAUAUGGUGUCUGUCUGUAUGAUACAAUGGCGGGGUCCAAAGGGAAAGUGGAAACAAAUUGGGCAGAGGGUUGUGAUGUGAAUGUGCUUGUGUGACUAGGGACAACAUGUAACACGUAAAAUAGGGACAACAUUUUAAAAAUAUUUUUAUUUAAAAAUAACUUUUCCACAUUUCUGGAUUUCAGGCAGUUAUAUAUCAUUUUUGCCUCCAACAGUCUGUCAACGAAGGCAGCUGCCUCCACAUAGCAGUGGCAGUUUCUGUUGACACCGGAAGUGCCUCUAAACGCUCCUGCUGAUACUACUGAGCUAGCUAGCCCUCACUGUGUUUGGAGCACAGGUUCGGAGGGAACAUGGCGGGUCUGGAGGUGUUGUUCACCUGUGUCUCCGGCGGCAUCAGCUGCCCGCAGGACGCGGCGGUGUGCUUCGUCCACUGGGAGAUGAUAAAGAGCGGACUGCGAUGCGUGGGCUCCGGAGACGUGCCCCUCAGCACUGAUAAGAGAUCCGAGCUUCUUCCUGCCGACUGGAGCAGCAACAAGGAGCUGUACAGUCUGAGAUACCAAGCCAGCGACAGUGACACACAACUGUUGCUCAAAGCCAUCACUGUUGACUCCAGCUUGAUCUUCAACCUGAUGAACUCCAGCACGCAGCAGGUGUCCGACCUCACGGUGAACGUCAGCGAUCACGUGGAUGCUGACCAGCUGCACACGUUUGACAGUGUCUACAAAGACACAGACGGUCUGUCAGAGAUGGUGAAGACUCAGCUGCUGCCAUCUCAGGACAGACCGAUGGGACAGAGGACAGAGAGGAAGAGCCGGAGGGAGGAAGAGGAUGACAGAAGAAGAAGACAGAACGAGCCCCUCCACAUGCCCAGCAGACAUCCUCGCCAGGGAACACAGCCGCACUGGCCUGACCCCAUGGCUCCUCCCUUUGCUGUUGGAGGAGCAGAUCUGGAUCCUUUUGGGUCUCGUGGCGGUGGUGGGAUGAUUCUCGACCCGUUGAGGUCGGGGUAUCCUCGCUCUGGUUUUGACCCGUCCAGCGGGAUCCCAGACAUUCUGCCUCCCGGGGCCGUUCCCCAAGGAGCUCGCUUCGACCCGUUUGGACCAGUCGGACAACGCAGAGCAGGGCCGGACCCGGACCACCUGCCUCCUCCUGGUUAUGACGACAUGUUCAUGUAGCAGCAGCUUCCUGCUCCUCUUCUCUCGCGCUCGUCUUCAUCUCCGGGGUUUGAAAAGAAAACCUUUUCCUUUUUGUUUUGUGAUGUGUUCAUUCCAUAGAACUAAUGUGUUUAAAAGUUGCGUGGAAGAACGCUGAAGAUCCGUGUUCAUGCCGUGUUUAAUAAUAAUAAUAUCAUAAACGAUCAUAAUCUUUUUUUUGUGUUGACGUCUGAACUUUUUUUUUUUCUGAGACAACCUGUUAAAACAUGUUAAUUAUCAGAGCGUGAAGGAAGUGAUCCUCACCUUCUCAGUCCUUCAGAGUAAAACCUCCUCAGUGUCUAACGUUAGAUUCUCAUCACAAUAAACCACGUCUCAUAUUUGUAAUUUAUUCAUGAGGACGUUUUCUUGAGCUUGUGUUUUGCAAACUUGUUAAAAAAGAUUGAAACCUGGUUCGGAUUAAGUUCUUCAGUUUGGAUUGUUGUUAAUUUAAAAACAAGGAUGAGAGAUCUCGUGUCAAAAUGCCCAAAUAAAAAGCUCAGACUUUA